GUGAAGGGUUGAUGAUAGCAGUUGUAGGCAAAGAGAAAUCCCAGCCUUUGUUGUGACCCAAAGCUAUUGGGCAUAAAUUAAAAAACCCAACAUCCUGAAGCUGAAUUUGUGCCCUAAACCCUAAUAAACCAGGUUUUAAGACUUUGUAGGUCGUGCAAUCGAAAGAACCCAGGUUUAGAUUUAUCAGCAACAAAGCAUCAGUGUCAAAGAAAGGCAGGUUACCGUUACAAGACAAAAGCUGGUGUGGUGUUACAGGCAAGUUUCUCAGUCCUCCGACAUGUAUGAAUCUUUGUAAUUUCAGUUUGUUAUGCUAGAAGAAAGCCCGAAUCUAAACCAGUAAAACCCCACGAGAAGAAAAAAGGAAAAAACAAUGGCACCGCCUAUAAUCAGAUCUCUAAUCGCAUUCUCUCUGAAUAAAUCAUGCCGUUCUCAGAAACCCAUUUCUGGUUACUCCAUCUCUUCUGUUUUCUUCUCAUCUUCACCCACCCAGGAAUCAAGAGCUUCCCUUCCUUUAGCGGAUCACUUGGUUGAGAAACACAGCUUUUCCCCUGAACUUGCCGUCAAGACUGCAUCUUCCCUAACCUAUGUGAAGGAUCCUCGUAAGUGUGAUACUAUAAUUUCCUUCUUGAAAGAAAGCGGUUUCUCUAAAUCCCAUAUUGAAGCAGUGGUCAAAAGAAAGCCUAACCUUCUAUAUUCUAGUCUUGAGAAAACCAUUAAACCCAAGUUCAAGAUUUUCCAGGAUUUAGGAUUUUCAACACAUGAUGUUGCUGAUAUUGUAGCUAGUGAUCCCUGGAUUUUGACUAGAAGCGUGGAUGAUAGGAUUGCACCUUCUAUUUCCGAUUUAAAGACUGUUUUAGGAUCGAAUGAUGAUGUUGUUAAGUUAUUGAAAACUUCUGCUUGGUUUCUCAAAUCUGAUUUGCAAAAGACUAUGAUGCCUAAUAUAGAGUUCUUGAGAAAUUGCGGGAUUUGUUCGUCGCAAAUUGUUUCAUAUGUGUUCAGCUUUCCUAGAUUUUUCUUGCUUAAACCUGAGAGCAUUAAGCAGUUUGUUGAAAGGGCGGAUGCCUUGGGGUUCGAUAGGAAGUCAAAUAUGUUUCUUGCUGCUAUUAGGAUGUUGAGUUCAAUGAGUGAAGAGAAUUGGGAACUCAAAUUGAAGCUUUUUAGGAAAUUGGGUUUCUCUGAAGAUGAUAUCAUGUCUACUUUUAGGAGGACACCACAGGUGUUUGCUGUAUCUGAAAGGAAGAUUAAGCAAGUCACUGACUUUUUGCUUAAUAGAACGAAUGUAGGUAUUUCAUUUAUAAUAAGCCACCCAAUGGUGCUUAUUUGCAGCCUUGAGCGUAGGCUGAAGCCUCGGUUACUGGUUAUCAAGACUCUGGAAAGUAAGAAUUCGCUAAGAAGGAAAGUUAGCAUGACUACAAUUUAUAAGAUGCCUGACAAGAAGUUCAGAGAGAAAUACGUUGUUCCUUACUUAAAAGAGCUCGAGGAAGUAUCCAUGUCUAUUGUGGGCACUUAAUUGUUAAAUUUUGUAUAGUUGAGGGCACAUAUCAAAUCUUGGAUGUACUUUGGGUUCAUAAUCCCGUAUUUCUUCAUGAAAUUGGUUCUUUAAGCAGUUUGUAAGAUUUUACUUCGCAAUAAUCGAGUCUUAUGUUGGAUAACUCCAAUACUGUUUCAAUACAACAGACAACAUUGUAGUUGAUUGUUUUAGACUGUUAGUCAUUGUUUCCAGUCUCUGCACCAUGCACAAUGCACAUCCACUUGUGAUGGUUCCUGUAUUUGCUGCUUUCUAAUGUUAUUUAUAUACUCACACCGAUGGUUUUAGGGCGUGUGCUCGUA